UCCAAGUCGCUGCCCCCCACGCCCUCCCAACCUCCGUCACAGCUAGUCUUGGCCAGUUUGCGCGGGGACUGGCUGAUCUCCCUUCGGCCGGCCCCGGGGUCUGCGGGAGGGCACUGGAUGGGGAGGGAGACUUAAGGGCGCUGGCGAUCGUCGUUCCGGUUGCUGAGAGUCGGCCCCACAGCUCCAGUUUUUCCAAGUGAGCUCAGCCUCCCCGCUUUCAGAGCAUCCCCCGCCAAAAAUAAGACAUCAUCUCAGCUAGUAGGCAGCCUCCCUCACCACUUCUUUCACUCCCUCUUCAGUGCCUUUCCUAUCACACCCCGGAGCCUCUCACACACAAAGCAGAUGGGAGAUUGGAGAGCCGAGUUUAGCCAGGGAUGGGAUUUAACAAACUCCUAGGGAACCUUGAUUCCCAGGGAAGAAUAGCAGUGACCCAGCACGGAUUGGGUACCCAGUCAGGCAGCCCAGACAGAGGGACAUUAUACAAACAGAUGUAAAGACUCACUAACAUGUGUAAACCUGAUUGCAAGUCUGGAAAGAAUCCAGUUUCAACCAAUUGGUGUAUACAAAAAAGAGGCCAUCCCAAUCUUGGUUUAUGUUUAUUUUCCACUGACCCUAUGAGUGAAGAUAUCCUUGACCAUGACUCCAUCUGAAUAUGUUCCAGCUCAUCCGAUGUUCCAUCACCAGGUUAAGAAAUAUGGAGAUUUCCACAGGGAUUUGGAGAGGAGCCCCAGUGGUUACUAAAAUUCUGAAUUAAAUCUGUGAGGAAAGACAGAUGGACUACAAGGCAAUUGCCCAAAAAACUGUCCAAGAAGUUUUAGGUUAUACUCAAGAUACAUCAGGCUGGAAAGUGGUUAAAAUUUCACUAAUUAUUUGUGGAUUUUUAUUCCCCUUUGAGAAAAAGAUAACUGUUUCCAGUAAGGCUUCUAGAAAAUUCCAUGGAAACCUAUAUCGUGUUGAAGGGAUAAUUCCAGAAUCAGCAGCUAAACUAUCUGAUUUCCUCUACCAAACUGGAGAGAGAGUUACAUGGGAUAAAUCAUUGCAAGUAUACGAUAUGGUACACAGGAUUGAUUCGGACACAUUCAUAUGUCAUACCAUUACACAAAGUUUUGCCAUGGGCUCCAUUUCCCCUCGAGACUUUAUCGACUUAGUGUACAUCAAGCGCUACGAAGGAAAUAUGAACAUUAUCAGUUCUAAAAGCGUGGAUUUUCCAGAAUAUCCUCCAUCUUCAAAUUAUAUCCGUGGUUAUAACCAUCCUUGUGGCUUUGUAUGUUCACCAAUGAAAGAAAACCCAGCAUAUUCCAAACUAGUGAUGUUUGUCCAGACAGAAAUGAGAGGAAAAUUGUCCCCAUCAAUAAUUGAAAAAACCAUGCCUUCCAACUUAGUAAACUUCAUCCUCAAUGCAAAAGAUGGAAUAAAGGCACACAAAACUCCAUCAGGACGUGGAUUUCGUCAUAAUAGUCAUUCAUGAUACCAAAAGAAGAAAUGAGGCCAUUCUGCUAUAAAAUCAUGUGUAGUAGUUAUUGCAGUUUACUUCUAAGUCAACAUGCAUAAAUAAUACUGUUAAACUAUUCUAAACAGUAUUCUUGUACACAUUGCUGAAGAUAGUUCAUAAAAAUAAGAACUCAUAGUUGUACAAGAAUAUGGCAUUAAAUACAGUUUUUAAUCUCA